AUGUCCCUCCUCACCCACCUGCUGGCAUGUCUAUUUGGGAUGGGCUCCUGGGUCUCCAUCAAUGGCCUCUGGGUGGAGCUGCCCCUCAUUGUCCCCCAGAUCCCGGAGGGCUGGUUACUUCCUUCAUACCUCUCUGUUAUCAUCCAGAUGGCCAACAUCGGUCCCAUCUUUGUCACGCUAAUGCAUCGCUUCCAACCCGGCGUCCUCAACGAGACUGCUGUCAUAUAUUUUAUCAUCGGGCUGGGGACUGUGGCGACCUUCCUGAUGGGUUUCUUCUGGAAGGAGACCUUGGUUGUGGCCGGUGCUUCUCGCAGUGUAGCCCUGCUUGCGUUGACUUUCUUCCUCUCUGUUGUUGACUGCACCUCCUCUGUCACCUUCCUUCCCUUCACAAUGCGCUUAAAGCCCCAGUAUCUGACCACAUACUACAUCGGGGAGGGUGUGAGUGGCCUCCUGCCUGCUUUGGUGGCUAUGAUUCAGGGCGUUGGGGUCGUCCGCUGCGUAAACAGCACACAGUUACCAGACCACACCCUGAACACCUCCGAUGGUGCUUCAACCUUUGAUCUCAGGGCUGAGUAUCUGCCGGCGAACUUCUCUGUGGAGGUGUUUUUCUUCUUUCUGAGUUUCAUGAUGCUGGUGUGCCUUGGGGCGUUCUUGCUGCUUAACUAUCACCCAUCUGUGGCCAGGGAGCAUCCAAACACUUGCCUCAGAAAUGGAGUAAAAGACAAAUCGCUGUCAAAAAGGAAGGGGGCCGAGGAGAAGCCCAUGAUGGAUCCCUACAGAGAAGUAAACCCAAAGCGAAAAAGCAACUUUGGCACAGGCACAUACAGCUGGAUGCAGGUGAUUUAUAUCUUUGUGAUCCUGGCCUGGGUGUGCGCUCUGACUAACACUUUAGUCCCUUCAGUGCAGUCUUACUCCUGCCUGCCAUACGGGAACAAAGCCUACCACUUAUCGGCCACCUUGGCUGCUGUGUCCAACCCACUGGCCUGCUUCAUCGCCUUGUUCCUCCCCAUCAGGUAAACAUGUUGAAAUAACAGUUUAGGUCACCUAAGAUACAUUUCCUCAUCACAGCAAUCAAAAGUGGGUGAAAAGAGAAGAUAACACCAUAUAAGGUAACGUUAAAGCUCCUGUGAGCUUUCAGUUUGGGUAUUUUUUGACACCCCAAGUUCUCUUUUCUGGUUUGUCUGGCUUGUCUAACACCAACCCCCGCUCUAUUUUCGGGUAUUAAAAGCACCCAUAUAAAUACUCAUAUUAAAUCUGUAUACUGAUGGUUCUGUUUGCAGUUAUAACUUAUAACAAGGCAACAGUUUUCAUUUCAAUCUGCUUCACAACCAGCUAAAAACUCCUCACAGGAGCUUUAAAUUUGUUUCUGGGUGAUCAGAAGAGCUUAUUUUAAUGAAUAAAGUUAUUACAUUAAUUUUACUAAGUGUUUAACUUUCUGGUUUAGCUGCAAACUUCAGUUUAUAGUAAAGAAAAUGACAUUUAUAGCUUUCAGUAAAGUUUGGGCGUACUUUGGUUUGUGUUACCUUUUAUUAUCACAUUAGCUGCCCUAAAUUUGACUCCAAUCUCAGCCCCUCUCCUCCUGUUUUAUGUUCAUUUCCACUUUCCUAUCCAAUAAAGGUGAGGGACAAAACAAUAAUAACAAAAAAAGAUAAUUAAAGCUCCUGUGAGGAGGUUUUUUGCUCAUAAAUAAACAGACUGAUGUUAAGAGUGGUGAGUCUCCAUGAGUUAAAAGUACAAAUAAGACUUUAGGCAACAAGACCGACCAUGUCUACGUUGUGUUUUUUUUAAUCCCUGUAGAGACUUAGAGGGGGUUUGAUAGCAGCAUGUCAAAGUACAACCCUUUUUUUUACAGGACUGUAGGAGAGAGACAAAAGGCACUACUUAGUCCACAGGGGGCGCCAAAACACCACAAACAGAAAGCUGCAAACAGGAGCUAAAAAUAAGUGGUCACAAGAUAAUGAAAAAGUUAUAGGGUCCGUGUACUUGGCGGCCAACAGAAUUUCAUUUUCAAAUAGAAAAAAAGAAAAUUGGGAGACAAGCUGAACUGUCUUCCAAAGACCAUUAAGGAAUCAGGAGACAAAAAAACGAAAAUCAAAAUAGGAGCGUGGAAAUCUUGUGUAAUUUAAUUGAUUUGUGAAAACACCCGAUAAUCAGUGCCCUUCUUCCUCCCUGUACCCGGUGAGAACAAUGUUUUUGUAUUGCUUUUUAAACUGGGUCAUUCAACUGGUUAAAGAAUUCUUUUUAUUAUUAUUGCACAUAAGAUGCUUUGUAAAAAAAAAAAAAAAAAAUACAUUUUAACAUGAGAAUGCCUUUAGGUGAUUCAGAACAUUUACAGCUAUAUUAUAAUUAACACAUUUCAACAAUCUGAACUGAAACUCUGAUCCUCUCAUCAGAGUCCUUCACUUUCUCAGACAUAUGUUAAUCAAAUUUUUCCGUAAACAAAAAAAGAACACAUGAUAAAAAACAAACAACCAUACAUUUGGCUCACACAUACACAUUAUGUUUAAAUUUAUACAGGCGAGAGAUUCAGGAGUCGACUUAUACAGAUGAAAUAAUAGGGUCAUAUAUUCAAAGAAAGGUACCUAGAAGCAGGAACAUUAAUUAUAUAAGACGUCACAUUUUUAAGUGAGAAUGGUAGAUUUUUAAACAAAAAUAUGACAGAAUGGGUUCCCAUGUUUUACGAAACACGUCAUCUUUGCCAUGUAAUUUACAUGUCAGGUAGUCCAAUGCAACACACUCCAGAGUCACCCUUUGCCACUGAGCCUUGGCUGGGACCAUAUCCAGGAUCCAAUUGAAAAGAAUACACUUUCUACCACAGAACACAAGUGUUUGAUGGAGUAUUCUUCUAGCAGACAUAAAGGAUUAUUGUUUGUAUUAUUAGAUAGAAUCUUAUAAAGAAUUACUCCUUACCCCUGGCCAAAUGGCUGAACUAACCCCAGAACUACUAUGAUGACUUUAUUAGUCCUCUAAGCUAAAAUGGUGGACUUUUAUGUUAGGUUUUUGACCUCAUGUUGGAGCUCAUAGAUACCACAGUUGAUGUAUAAAACAAAUUUAAAAUGAUAUUUUUUGGUCUGAACACAAUUCUAAUCAAUCUUAUGACAGACUAAAUUCACUUUCAAGAGUGAAAAAUGUUUGUUUUUUUUGGUAAAUAAAUGUGUAACCCCUUCACCCAUGUGCUUCUAACCUUCACAGACUCCAUGAAUAGACCUUUUUCACAGUACGCGGAAGUUGGCAUUCUGCUCACCUCCGGUGUUAGCGUGUGGUGGAGCCACUUAGCAUCGCCCAUAGACGGCCAUUCAUUUUUCACGAUAUUAACAAGCUUGAGACUCGUUUUUUUGAAAGGUAAUGUAAAAUUUUAUGCUUUGUGCCGUUUUACUAACUCCUGUUCUUCAUAAUACUGUCCGGAUUUUGUACUUUACUUUUCUGGAAUUAUGUUUAAUAGGUCUGGAAAUUUUCUGAUGAUGGUAACCAUUGCUCUUCAGUAAUGACCUAUUUAACAUAAUUCCCGACAAGUAAAUCACAAAAUCCGGACAGUAUUAUGAAGAACAGGAGUUAGUAAAACGGCACGAAGCAUAAAAACUUUCAAAAAAAUGAGUCGCAAGCUUGUUAAUAUCGUGAAAAAUGAAUGGCCGUCCAUGGGCGAUGCUAAGUAGCUCCACCAACACGCUAACACCAGAAGUGGGCAGAAUGCUAACUUCCGCGUACUGUGAAAAAGGUCUAUUGAUGCCCAUAUCCUAAAUAUUUGGUCACAUGAUCAAUUUCUUUGACCAUUUCCAAGCAACAGGAGGUGGUUUAACUUACCCUUUGGCUCAACCUUGUGUUCAGUCUACCUUGUGUUGUGUUUUCACAGAUCUUUGCUGCUGAUGGGAGCUCUCACCUUGUUCGGCAGUGGGAUUGGAGCUUAUAUAAUGGUCAUGGCUGUGAUGAGUCCAUGUCCGCUGCUGGUUAAUGAGGUUUCCGGCGGGGUCAUCAUGGUGAGAAUUCUGUUUUUCUCUUUAUUCGUGUAAAAAUUAACGUCUGUUCCCACACAAACAUACCUUUCUGUGCUGCUCAGGUGCUGGCCUGGUUCUUCUUCGUCCUCAGCCUGUCGUAUGUGAAAGUGAUCGUCGGCGUGAUCCUCCGAGAUGAGGGCCACAGCGCCCUCGUGUGGUUAGGCGCCGUCGUGCAGCUGGGCUCCAUGCUGGGAGCCGUGACCAUGUUUCCUCUGGUCAACGUUUACAGCUUCUUCACAUCAGGAGACAUGUGCAACACAAAAUGCCCUUAA